UCGCGAAUGAAGAGAGUUUUGGAGUUUUUUGUGGGCUGUCUUUCGUGGCCCACAAAAAACUCUCAUCUUGUGGUGGGGAUGUGUUGCGUUUAAGAUAAAUUUAUGCCUAAAAUGUAGUUUUUGCCCAUAGUCGCCGUAAGAUGUUAAGUUCAGGUUACACUAGUUUAGCUACGUAAUAGUGAGAAGCCCAAGACUCGCUUGAGAAUGCGCGAAGAGCCUGAGAUUUCCCUGCAGUCGGCUGCACGCUUGCCAAUAUUUCCGACAACUCAACAAAAGGAAAUCCAACCAGCACGACCAUGCCACGUCGUACGAUCGAACAGUCGCCUGCAUACACCCUCGCUCGAUCGCGUCUCGCCAGCCGACAUCAGCAGCUCGCCGAGCCGGAUAAAUCAGCGCUCGGAAACGGUAAUUUACGUAAGGGGCACGAGGCCGGACAGGACGGCACGAUACGCCGCAAAGCCCGAACGAAACUACCGAUUGGCAAGCCGUCCAGCGAGCGUCCCAAAAGUGUCUGGUUCACCUCACCAAGCUCGUGACGCCAAGGUCGACGGCGAAACACCGCCAGCCGCGUUUGAGGCCCGACGCGCACACGGAGGCAGGCCAGCGCCGUGUCGAAGGACGAGUCCGAUCUAA